CAACAAGUUAGAACAGUCUGUGAGUAGAUGGCGCACGAUUCUCAUAUAAGAAUCGGAAAACAGUCCGUGAGUAGGAGGCGCACGAUUCUCAUAUAAGAAUCUGAAAGUAAUAAAGAAGCCUACCGUAAAGUAGCUUUCUUCUGGUCAUUUUAUGAUGGAGGAGACAACAGUGAAAAUAGAGACGGAGCCGCUGGAACGGUUCGAUCGGCCCCUUCUGCUAAAAGCGCCGCCUCCUUUAUCCGGCGAUGUCGCCGUGAUAGAUCUCAGCAGCAGCGGAAGUGAUUCUGAGGUGGAGACUGAGAAAAGGUCCAGGGCUUCGGAUGGUGACGUAGGGGCUUCCAAGAAGCGUAAAUUGGAGGGCAGAAUGUUGGCUGAUCUUCCUCCGGGUUUUCUUGACCCUCUUCCCUCGUCGGGGGAGAAGUCAAUGCGGCCUUCGUUGCUUUCUCCUUCUCAGCCGGUGGCGUCCAAGUCACCGGCGCUCCGUCAGGGUUCAAGACAGUUCUGGAAGGCGGGGGAUUUUGAGAGCCUGCCCGUUGUUGAUGAUUCGACGCAGUUUUCCUUGGGCAUGGACCAUGUCAGAGUGCACCCUAGGUUUCUGCAUUCAAAUGCUACAAGCCACAAGUGGGCACUUGGAGCCUUUGCAGAGUUGUUGGACAAUUCGCUUGAUGAGGUUUGCAAUGGAGCUACCUUUGUGAGCAUAGACAUGCUAACGAAUAAGAAAGAUGGAACAAAAAUGUUACUUAUUGAAGAUGAUGGCGGUGGUAUGAAUCCGGAUAAAAUGCGGCAGUGUAUGUCUCUUGGUUAUUCCAAAAAGAGCAAAAUAGCAAAUUGCAUCGGACAAUAUGGAAACGGAUUUAAGACGAGCACCAUGAGACUUGGUGCAGAUGCCAUCGUUUUCUCUGUCUGUCGUGGUGAAGGAAAAAGCCCUACAAGAAGCAUUGGGAUGUUGUCCUACACAUUCCUGAGGGACACUGGUAAAGAAGACAUUGUAGUUCCCAUGCUUGAUUAUGAGAAGAGGGGGCAAUGUUGGGAAAAAAUGAUGUCUUCAUCAGCAAUUGAUUGGAAUAAAAAUGUGGAUAUUAUUGUGCAGUGGUCACCUUAUUCUUGUGAGGCUGACCUUCUUCAGCAGUUUGAUUUGAUGCAAGAUCAUGGGACUCGGAUAGUUAUAUACAAUCUAUGGGAAGAUGAUCUAGGAAAACUUGAGCUUGAUUUUGACACUGACAAACAUGAUAUUCAAAUUAGUGGUGUCAAUCGAGAUGAAAAAAAGAUUCAAAUGGCUAAACAAUUUCCAAACUCGAAGCACUUCUUGACAUACCGUCAUUCUCUGAGGAGUUAUACCUCCAUUCUGUACCUCAGGCUACCAAAUGGUUUUAGAAUGAUUCUACGUGGCGAGGAGAUCGAGCACCAUAACAUUGUCAAUGAUAUGAUGCUAAAGCAGGAGAACACUUACCGUCCGAAUCCUGGUACUGAUAAGGUUCCGAAGGAUCCAAAUUUGGUUGCUGUUGUGACAAUUGGUUUUGUAAAAGAUGCAAAGCAUCACAUUGAUGUUCAAGGAUUUAAUGUCUACCACAAAAAUAGACUAAUAAAGCCUUUUUGGAGAGUAUGGAAUGCUGCAGGCAGUGACGGGCGUGGUGUAAUAGGUGUUUUAGAGGCCAAUUUUGUAGAGCCAGCUCAUGAUAAGCAGGGCUUCGAACGCACCACUGUUCUUUCAAGACUUGAAUCACGAUUGAUUCUGAUGCAGAAAAAAUACUGGUCAUCAAACUGUCAUAAAGUUGGCUAUGCUCCAAGGAUCAAAAAAAGAAAUGACGAAUCCGAAGACAAUGAUAGCUCGCCUGAAGUUCCUUGCCUGCAGUCGUCUCAGCAUCCCAAGAAGGGUGCGUUUCCCAACAAAGUGUCAAAUGAUUCAAGAAAAUAUCAGUAUUCAGGCAAGCAUCUUUCAAAUGUAAGCAAGAAGGGAAAAAACAUCUCAUCCACCGAAUCAGCUAAAGCAGGAUUCACCGUACCUUCAAAGGAAAAUGGAACCAAGAGUAGUGAGAAGUUUGGGAAAAGCAAAGGAUCUUCUGUUUUAAGAACCCAUGAAUUGCCAUAUGAACGUAAUGAGCGUGGUUCUGGGAGUGAAAAUAUUUUUAAUAAGGGAGAUAAUUUAUUUUCAUCCGUAGUUCCAAAUGUUUCCCCUACAAGAAAAUUCUCUGAUAAAGAGGGCAAUUGUUCAGAAUUGUUAAGUACAUCUCCCUCUUCUUUAAAAUGUAAUUCUGGAGGUAUUGAUGGCAGAUCUACCAGAUCACAGACAAAGGCAGCCUCCCAAAUGCUCAAGGAAGGUGCUCCUGUACCGGAUGUAAAUCAGUCAAAGAUCAAACAAUUAGAAGAUGAAAAUGAUGCUUUGAAGCGAAGGUUAAAGACUGUUGAGGAGUCAAUGUUGCUUGAGCUGCAGCAUGAAAGAAAUAGGAACAAAACAUUGGUUGAUCAGGCAGCCUCCCAAAUGAUCAAGGAAGGUGCUCCUUUUCCGGAGGUAAAUCAGUCAAAGAUCAAACAAUUAGAAGAUGAAAAUGAUGCUUUGAAGCGAAGGUUAAAGACAGUUGAGGAGUCGAUGUUGCUUGAGCUGCAGCAUGAAAGAAAUAGGAACAAAACAUUGAUUGAUCAGCUGGAAGAGGAAGAGAAAAAGCUUGAAGAGUCAAACAAGGAACAGGAAGCUUUAAUCGACAUCUUUUCAGAAGAAAGAACCAGGAGAGAUGAAGAAGAGGCAACAUUAAGGAAGAGGCUAAAGGAUGCUCAGGAUGAAAUACGUGACUUGCUAGAGAAGUUGGCCGCUGCCAAAGAUUAAUUACAGUUUUAUUUGAAAGUGGAAGAGAAAUGAUAGAAUGGUUAAUCUGUUACAGCCUCAGCUUCUGAAGGCUCCUUUAUUGGCGUUCUCAGCUCUUUAGGAGAUACGGCUUAACCUUUCAGGAUCUCAAUGCAAAGAUUUGGACACAUUGGUACGAUCUUCCCAUAUUUCCCUUACUGAACUUGAUUUUUUUUUUUUCUCCUUUGUUAUGCAACCCCUAUGGCAGAAAGCCUUAGCCCAUAUCUUGAAACCCACACACCACACCUCUGUUAGCAUAGUUUAGGAGAUUCUCUUCAUUACUAUUAGUUGCUAAUUUAGAGAGAGAGAGAGAGAGAGAGAGAGAGAGAGAGAGAUUGUAAACACUUGUUUAUGAGGGUAUAUCUCAUGCUAGUAAUGGCAUUAGUAAGAAUUAUCUCCGAGUUUUUUUUUCCUGGUUCGUUUAGAGACUUGGGCUGAUGGUUAAGGUCUGUCUUGGUUCCCUCGAGCUUGAUAUCAUGUUUAGAAAUUAGAUAUCAAGUGCGGCGGAUCUAUAUGUUAUGCAUUACUGUGACAAUUUAAACACUUCAAAUGGUUAUGGGCUGUUGUUGGCUUCAUUCUGAGGGAGUCAGUCUUCAGUUUAUUGUUCGACAUUGAAUGAUGUGAAUAUUAAUUUUGUAAAUAGUUAAAAUAUAAGUAUUGUGUAUGAAAUUUACAUGCA